AUGGCUUCAGCAGAGAAACUCUCCACAGACAAGGCUGAAGAUACUAAUACGUUGACAAAACGUGAAACCAAAUUUAGUGAAAAAGGACAUGUUCAUUUUGAAGAAACCUGUAUGAAAUAUAAGAAGCCUUUAUUCAGAAGUUGGAAGGUAAUAGAAGACUUUAUCCUUAGCAUACAACAAACUGACAAGAACAUUGAUCAUUACAGAGAAUUAGAAAGUCAAAUCAACAGUGCCUUUAGUGAUUAUCAAAGACACACUGAAGACUAUUUGUCAUUUCUGCGACAGUAUAACAGUGAGUUAACAAGAAAUGAAAGGCAAAGAUGUGCUGAUGAUUUUGAUAAGGGAAAAUCUGUAGUGCAGAAAGCUCUCAACAAUAUUAAAAAACUGAAACUUGACCUGUUAGACUCGGUCUCAAAUGUAUCUAUAUCUAGUUCAGAGAAGAAAAGAAGAGGGGAACGCAAAUUAGAACUAAUGAAAAAAGAAGCAGAGUUAAAGAAAGAGAAACUACGUCUGGAAGUUGAAGAGAGCAUUCAGAAGGCAGAACUAAAGAGGAAGAAAGAGGAAUUGGAGAUUGACUUAAAACUACUUAAACAAGAAAGCAUUAUAGAAGCGGCUAGCGACGAGGAAUCUGUGGAAGAUCUACAGUUGGAUGAGGAAACUUCCAGUCAAAGAGCGUCUAAGUAUGUGUCCAGUUUACCUGAUGAGAUUCCCAGUGAGAUCCCUAAUCAGCCUAAUGUCGAUUCAAGUAAACAAAAAACUGUACAUGCUGUAGGAAGUGAUUCCCAGACAAUGAUGUCUGAAAUGUCAUUGUUUCUCAUGAGAAAGCAGUUGCUACCUGAACGCUUUUCAAAUUUUGAGGAUACACCUGAAUCUUACACAGCAUGGAAAUCCUCCUUUAAGAACAUUAUCGGUGAACUGAAAGCUUCAGCUUAUGAGGAACUUGAGCUGCUUAUAAAUAAACUUACUGGAAAUUCCAAGCAAGCAGCAUCUGGAAUUCGGAAUGCAAACCCAGGAAAGCCUAAACAUGCAUUAGGUCUUAUUUGGGAGAGACUAGACCAUAUGUAUGGCAGACCGGAAAUGGUGGAAGCCUCAAUUCGCCAACAGCUAGAAAACUUUCAGCCAGUCAAAUCAGGAGAAAACAAACGACUCUAUGAUUUACUGAACAUUCUUAUCAAGAUAGAAUCGUUAAUGACAAACUCUGUGUUUGCUAGCAGUCUAGCUUAUUUCAAUUCGUCAACCGGUGUAAACCCAAUCAUCACUAAGUUACCUUUCAAUCUUCAAGAAAAGUGGAUCACCCGAGCUUCAACAUACAAGAAAACAAAUAGUGUGCCAUUUCCACCAUUUACAUACUUUGUGGCAUUCAUCAGAGAAAUCAGUGAAGUGAGAAAUGACCCUGCCUUUUCUUUCAUCAGUAGUCGACAAUCUACAGUGAAUAAACGACAAGUCCAUGCGAAGAAAUCUGACGUCACUAAUUCUGUUAGCCACUUGCAGAUUCGUUGUCCUUACCAUAAAGCUAAUCACAGCAUUCAUGACUGCAAGGCUUUUCGUGCAAAACCACUCACUGAAAGAAGAAACUUUCUUCAAAGUAAGAACAUAUGUACAAGAUGUUGUGUAUCUGCCAGACACUGUGCUAGAGAUUGUCAAGUGAAUAUUCAAUGUAAAACUUGUGGGCGUAACAACCAUACCACAGCACUACAUCUAGAUAAAGCUUCAUCUGCAAGUGCGAGCGUUCAUGGCGGGGAGGGAAUUCGUAAUUCCUUUGCUCAACCAAAAGCAUCUGGACAUGGCAAAGAAAAUCUUCCCCCACUACCUAAGGAGUCAAAGGACACUGAUAGUUUUGUGACGUCAAUGUGUACCACCUUUUGCGGAGAUAUCUUCCAAGGAAGAUCUUGUAGUAAAACAUUUCUUGUGGAUGUCUAUCAUCAUGAUAACCCAAACAAUGUGCUCCGUGUUUAUGCAAUUGUUGAUGAUCAGUGUAAUCAGACACUUGCUUCACCAGAACUGUUAGACACAUUAGAUACAUCUAGCAUUCCUACAAAGUUUACCUUAGCCACUUGUUCGGGAAAAACAGCUAUGUAUGGCAGGAAUGUUCUUGGACUAAAAGUGCGUUCUAUUGACAGGACAGUUACUUUGGAUCUUCCAUCUGUCCUUGAAUGUGAAGAUAUACCUAAUGACGUGUCGGAGAUUCCCACACCAGAAAUUGCGAAAUCUUACACACAUCUUAGUGUUAUUGCAUCUAAGAUUCCGGAGUUUGAUCCGAAUUCUAAAAUUCACCUACUUAUCGGCAGAGAUUUGUUGGAAGCCCACCAUAUCAAAGAGCAAAUCCUUGGACCCCGAGGAGCGCCAUUUGCUCAGAGGCUUGCGCAGUUUCAUGGUGAUGACGUUUUCUUGAAAACCCCAGAGGAUGACCGUAUUGGCCUAUCUGUGGAAGACAGACAAUUCUUGAAACUUAUGGAAAAAUCAUUUACGAAGAACAGUGAAGGGUUAUGGACUGCUCCUCUCCCUUUCCGACAGUCUCCUGUCAACAUGCCAAAUAACAGAUCUCAAGCUGUCCACAGGGCACAAAUUCUACAUAUCAGUUUGCAAAGAGACUCUGUUAAAAAGGAACAAUUCGUGAAAUUCAUGGACAAAGUAUUGAAAAGUGGAGCCGCAGAAGUUGCCCCAAAUUCUACAAGCUACGCCUGCUGGUACUUACCGCUGUUUGGUGUAAGCAACCCAAAGAAACCGAAUCAGAUAAGGGGUGUUUUUGAUUCGUCAGCCAAAUAUGGAGGCGUUUCACCCAACUCUAUGCUUAUGACGGGCCCAGACAUGAUAAAUAGCCUCCUUGGAAUAUUACUACGCUUUAGAAAGGAUGAGGUUGCCAUGACUACAGACAUCGAACAGAUGUUUUACCGGUUUCGUGUAGAUGAGAACCACCGUGAUUUUCUACGCUUUCUCUGGUACAGAGAUAACAACCCUGAGGAGGAUUUGAUAGAGUAA